AUGAAAGAAGGCGAUCAAUAUGUUUAUAAAAGUUUAAAUACCGGAAUCGUAACUCUAUUAAAUCAUAACUCAAAGGUGGCCCCAAAAGUAUCGCAGCUAACAUUUGCUCAUGAAGUGGGGCAUAAUUUUGGUGCUAAACAUGAUGAUGAUCAUCAAAACGAAUCAUAUGGGUGCUUGCCGUCUGUCGAUGAUGUCCGAGGUAAUUAUAUUAUGUUCGCUAGUGCAACGAGUGGUGAUAAAGAAAAUAACAACAAAUUUUCCAAAUGUUCACUUGAUUCCAUCGCCAAACUAUUGGAUCAUGUUUUACAGGAUGGAACGAAUUGUUUUGUAACUUCUGAUGGUCCGUUUUGUGGUAAUCAGUUGACUGAAGAAGGUGAAGAAUGUGAUUGUGGUUUCACCAGAUCGAAUUGUCAUGAUAAAUGCUGCCAUCCAAAAGAUUCGGCUAAUCCGUGCAAGCUAGUUAACUCUGUUCUCAUAGAUCAUGUCCAACAUACUGUUAAAUGUUCACCUACAGCUGGCGUUUGUUGCACAGAAAAUUGUCAAUAUCGCCCAGAAAAUUAUACGUGUCGCCCAGCCUCUGAAUGCUAUCGAUCAUCAAAUUGCAGCGGAAAAUUAGCUAAAUGUCCACCUGUCGAUAUUUUACCAGAUGGUACUCUUUGUCAGGAUAGUACUCGUGUUUGUAAACAGGGUCAAUGUAUCGGUUCAAUAUGUGAGCGUAUUCCUGGUUGGCAUGAAUGUUCUCUGACUCGCGAUAUAAAACUCACACCCGAGCUAAUGUGCUUCGUCGCAUGUAAGCAGAAUAUUACUGGUGCACCGUGUAUUAGUACUUUUCAGUUAGAAACGGAACCAGAUGUAAGGGCGAAAUAUCCUCAGUUGGUUUCUGAACUUUUGCGUAAUGGACGUGGCAUUAAAUUGCCUCCUGGAGCUCCCUGUGAUAACUAUCGUGGUUACUGUGAUGCUUUCAUGCGUUGUAUUUUAGUCGAUACAGAAGGACCACUUUCUCGAUUAAGAAACUUGGUGUUCAGUCCACAAAUGUUUCAGAAAAUUAGAACAUGGAUGACGAUUCAUUGGUGGGCGGUUAUGCUUAUUUCCUUAGCCAUUAUUAUGAGUGCAGUUAUUUUCGUCAAAAUGUGUGCCUAUAAUACUCCACCUGCUCGUCUACAUAGUCUGGAUCGUACUAAUCCAAACCUGACUCCUUUUUUAACUUCUAGCCAUAUCCCUCCUGGUUCUGUCAAUCAACCUGUUAUUUGGACUGUUUCAAGUCAUCCUGGAAGGUGGGUUGGUUCAUCUACUCCACCAACUGCUAGCCGUCGCUCACACUCUCGGUGGGGGCGGUCACGUAAAUCUAAAGAUAUCAAAGGUGUUAUUCGUUAUCCGCUAACUUCUGAGCAACUUUAUAUUACACCAAAUAGGGUACCUAUAGAUCCACUUGACUUUCCUCCAUCAAAUGCACGUCAAACACCUUUACCAGUGUUACACCCGAAUCCAGAAGUAAGAAGACUUGUAGUAAAUUCUCCUUUGUCUGUUGUCGAUCUGCCUUUGCAACCUAUUCCAUGUGAUAGUAGAAAUCCUAAUGAUAUUCAACCAUUUGAUGCCAACUCAAGCAAUUCAAAUAUUGAAUUUCUACAACAGAAUAAUUUCUAUCAAAGAGUCCCGAAAUCACAAAGAUCCAGUUCUAGGCCAAACAGUGUGUUCAUCCCUUCAACUGUAGAAGGAUCAAUUUACAGUAAAGUAAGGAAACCCAAAAUUCCAUCUAAACUAAGCAAUGACAAACGCAAGAAGAAGAUUCUACCAGUUCCCGAAUAUACAGUUGAUAAUCAUGUUCCUGUCCCUGGAAUUUCAACUCAAAUUGAUCAUCUAAAUGAAGAAGAGGAGAUAGCACUUCAUCAACCAGAUAUUGGCGCUUCUGGAUCUCGAAAUCCUCCUGAUGAUUCUCCUAGCAGUUCACCACCAUCUUACGAUGAUCUAAUGCAAAAUAAAUAAAUUGGACUAUUUAUUUGUUCAAGUCGAAUCGGAGUAUCAUUCACUUUCAUCAAUUAAGUAAAAUGAUGGAAACGACAACGAAACGAAAAACAAUAACUAGAUCCCCCUAUGAUUCCAUAUUUUUCUUUAAUAAAAUAAUGAUUUAAUUUUUAAUACUUCUUACUACCAACUACCUUGAUUACUUAUUUACUUUAUUGUAUAUCUUUCACUUGUCAUUGUUUUAUGUAUACAUUGAUGGUUUUCAUUUGUUUACGUGUAGAGAGAAUUCUUUGUUCG